CCCAUUGUUGAUUCAACCUUUCACUGACCCGUCCGGGCCCGCGGGACAUACGGAUGUUGGGAAACAAGCGCACAACAGCGAUCGCAUUUCGUCAAAUAGUUCAGGUUUCCUUUAAUUUAAGCUUUAUAUGUUUUGUACCAAUCUUUUGGGAAUCAAAUGACUAUUAAUUUUUAUUUUUUAUUUUGCUAUUGCAGCAGUAUGCAUACGCAAAAAAACCCUUUGUUACAGGCAGUGAUUUUUUGGGAUUUUUUUGUUGUUGCAUAACUCAGAAAAAUUGGCGAGGGGUUCCUUUCUGAUGACCGAAUGGUUCUUGUCCUCUGUAGACAUCUUCAUCUGCUAAUGUUAAAUAACCUUGACAUUUUUUACUAUUUCCUAUCAACCUUGUUUUCUCUAAGUAUGUCUAAAUAGUACAUGUUGCUGCAUGCUUCAACAAAACGAGCACACCUUUGAGGGACUGCAGUCAUGUCAAUAUUACGGUAUUGGAGAAUCCACUUCCGUUUUCUUGACAAAAUAAAAUACUUUUUGACUUUUUUUAUAAUAUUGUUAUUGCUGUUGUUUCCUUGUUAUUGUAAUAAUAAUUAUUAUUAUCAUGUAUAUGUUUUGUGUUCACAUUAGUUUGUGCAGUUGACUGGGAGGGCAACUUUUUUUUAGGGAUAUGCCAUAAACUCUGAUUGUUUUGUUUAUUUGUGUUACACUAUGUUAAUUCAAAACUUGUGGUGUCCUAUAAUGCUAUCCAGUAAAGGACGUUGAACUCUGGAAUUUAGAUAGUACUGUUAAAGGGAUAUUAUGGCGUAAAAUUAAUUUAGGGUCAAACACACCUUAAGACAAAACUUACCUACUCUCUUUCAGCAGCUGCUUGUUUGUAGCGAGACCUCAGGCCAGUCCAUUACAGACUGCUGUGGGGUGACGCAGCUCAAGGAAGAACUUUGUAAUUUAAAUUAUUAUUUUAUCCGUGUAUUUAUCUGUUUGUUUCCGGCACUUGAGCUUUAUUUCACUUUGUCGGACUCUUGACGUAAUAUCCGGUAACUUCGAGUAUCACCGCUAGCUUGCUUCCUGCUCUAGGACGCUGUGGGUGUUGACAGUGUCACUUGGUCAGCUGAUUGCGGGACGUAAAGCUUCUUGGCUAGUGCUGCUAGCCAGCUUAGUUAGCUUAGCCUAGCUGGAGGUUUGUUUUUGUUAACGAUACUACACAGGUUGCUUCAACCGUAGCCCCCAACUUUUAAAGAAUACUAAUAAUUUAAGGUAUUUGAGCCUCUCUGUAAGCGGCUUCCUGCCUAUUUUGGAGAGUGAAGUUGUCAGGAGGCGGUGAUCACUGAGGCGGGGAGGGAAGGGUGAAGUUGCUCUCCGAGUAUCUGCAUUGCAGCCCGGUGCUGCUGAUGGAAUUCAAACACACAACAAUGGCGACUCCCAGUCCUAACAACUCAACAACAGCGAGCAGCCACAACAACAGCAGCAACAGCACCGCAGGACCCGCAGCCAACCACCUCCACCAGCCCCAGCCCCAGCACAUCACCACGAUGAGCAGCCUGCAGGGUGAGUGGACCAGUGGGGGGGAAAUGUCUGCAGCUGCUGCCGGAGCUCAGGCUGCUGCAUGAAGGUUACUGUUAGCAGAGUUAGCCGAGGGAGGCUCAGGAUCCUCCCAGACCAGCAGGAUGAUCUCCACAGGAGCGGACUGAAUCUCAUUGAGCCCUCCUGUGGGAAAUACAUGAUUUCUAAGACGUUAUGGAGAGAAUUCGGUAGUAGUUCAAGGAAUUACACCAAGAUAAACCCUCCCUUAAGGUUUAAACAGAUAAGCUAUCAUUAUAUACCGACAUAUCGAGCAAAUCGUUAGCGUAAUCCGAUUUUGUUUGUGCCGAUACAAUACAGAUACGAAGCUGAUAACCAAUAUAUGGAAUGAACAUGCAUUUAUAGUAAAAAAAUAUUUGAAAUAGGACUGAAACUUGAUUCAUAUGAAGCCUUGAUGCAAAUGAUUUAAAUCCAUUUAUCCAUACAGCAAAAUGCAUUUUCUUACAUGUACUGAAUUCAGACCAUAAAAACUCAUACUUGAAGGGAUAAUCCGGUGUAAAAUUAAUAUAGGGUCAAACACACCGUAACACCGAGUUAGACACCCCAUUGAGAGAUGAAUGGUACCAACCCCGUGUUUCUCUUGUUAUACCAACUUGUGGUGUUGUGGUGUGUUUGACCCUAAGUUAAUUUUACACUGGAACAUCCCUUUAAGCUCUGAAUUGCCUUACACUGCAAACCUACAUUUACCAGCAAUACAACUCUAAUACACCAAUUUAACAAAUUAAAUUUUGCAUCAAUCUUCCUUUAAUCCUCCUUCUGCCAGUAUGGGAGUCACCUAUUUACCAUCAUUCCAGGACAGAGUUAAAAUUUGGUUACAAAACCUUUUUGAUUCACAUGCAGACAGACUCAUGUUUAUGUCUGCAGAAUUUAACCAAACACUUUUCAGUUCAUAAUUUUUGUUGUAUUGAUUAUUAAUGAAGAUAGCAGUAUGCAGAGCCAGAAUGAAUCAAGAUAUUUGACAUUGAUCAGCUCAUCUUUGACUCACUCCUUUAUUAAAAACAAGUAACAACAUUAUGUUCCUGUUUUUAUGGACCUGCAUUUAUAGGACGAGACAGCAGUAUAUAUUUCCACUCUAAGUAUAAAAUACUGAUGAAAAUGCUGUGUUUAUUCUGUGCAAACUUUGUCUCAUCUUAAAUUUCAGAGUCCAACACCUGCUGGAGAUGUCAGAGUGAAGCAGGUAGCUACACAUUUUACUGACUCAGUAGAUGCUCUUUCAUGAAAAGUGAAUUCAUAGAUUUCAUGUACAUUAAACUUUUAAAGUUCUUGGGAGGCAAAUUUACAAUUUCAGGAUAAAUCUGAAUCAAAGUUGGGAUGGUUCAAACUCCCUAUGUGACUUUUGAUGACAACUUCUGAUUUUGGUUGAAUUUUCUGUCAUGUUUAUGCUUAGAUGACCAUAUUUUUGGAUUUAAAAUCAUGUUGAAUGUAUAUUUUUUGUUACUUUAAUGUAAAAAUGAUGUUUUUAAGUUUAAUUCAAAUAGUAAUCCUUAAAACUCAAGCUUUAUUGAAUGUAUUUUGUGUGACCCUGCUCUUUUAAUCACACCUCUCUGACCAAAUUUCCCCUUUUUACCUUAAUGCUGCUAACCAAUCAUAUCUAACUCCUGACUGAUGGUGAGAAAAUGUCUGAAUAAGCUGUUCAAACUUCCAAUCCAUUGUCAUUUUCACUUCCUUUAUAUUUUACCUGCAGGCCAUUUUUUUGCAUGCUACCCUGCAGAUGAUGCAUUUAAUUCUGCGUGUCCCAUUGUGUUUUACCUAAAAGCAAAGCAAGGCCAAUUUCUGUGAUUGUCGGUCAACCCUGAAACGUCAGGACUCCUUUUGGUCCAGUUUUUUUGGUUUAAAAAGCACCUUUAACUGCUGAAAGUGCUGAUGUUAGGAAGUCCAACUAACACAGUCGUGUUAGAAUCUGAAAUAUGAAGAAAAUAAAAGCUGUCUUCUCGCCUCUAGGGUUUCAGAUAAACCUGUCUGGAGCUCCCCCAAGUAAGCCAAACCUCUUUUGCUUCAGCACCAACAGUUCUCAUCCUUUUGUUUCCGCCUGACAGUCUGGUAUGGGGGAGUCUGUCCUGCUGCUCUCAACUAAUCCACGUCAAGACUUCUGAUGGGUUCACAUAGGCUUGUGCCGGUCACUAACACUUCACUAAUUUAGGGGCUGAUAUCUUUAAAUCUGGAAUCUCAAUUUUAACAUGUUUUGGGGUCUAAGUGACUAAAAGGUGAAGUAGGAGUGUUUUAGUAGUUUGCUUCAGUCGGCGGUUUUGAGACAGGCUGUAAGAUCUGAGCCGUACUAUCUACAGGUAUCAAAGUAUGUCCACAAAGUUGUUGUUUUUCUUUUUUGAGACCUUGAAGUGUCUGACACAUUACCGACCAUGAACUCUCUUCAAAGCCACCAGAAUCCAUUGGCAGAAACAGCAAAUUUCCCUCACAGAACAUGGUAGCCGCUGAUCUUCUCUUCAAACAGUAAGACUUCCUACAAUCAUAAUAUAACACAAAGUAUAAACCCAAAUUCAGUUUAGACCCGUUGUGUUGUUUCCUGACAAAAAUAUAUUUUAAAAACGGCUCUGAAUUUUUGUUUGUUUGAAACCACGAGAAGAGGAAAGCACAUCUUGCGCUCCUUGGUUUUUAGGUCAGAAGAACUGGGACAGCAGUGCAGCAACAACGAAACAGUAGACUGAUUAACUAUGUUGGAGAAUUAAACCAAAGUGAACAAUCACUCUCUUUUACUUUCCCUACGUUUCUUCUAUCUGUAAACCUAAAGUGACGGGGUGUGGUUCAACCCUGAUGCCCGGUUAAUCCCUUUUUUUUUUCAACAAAAAAUUCAAGAUGGUGCACUUCCUGUUGAUUUCAUGACAGGUCUAAGAGACUUUUUUUGUAGGUCAAGGUAUGGUAAAUGAGCACAUCUUUCUAGGUUAAACAUGCAGCAGAGGUGGACUUCUUAAGAACUGUGGGUGCAGCUAAAGCUAAAUGAGGCAUUAAGACCACUCCCACUGACCACAGCUACAUCAAACUUGCUGUCAUUGCUCAACUGGGCUUUGGCGUAUCACAUUUGGUGGCUUUAAACUGUUAUAAGCCAUUUAAAAAACUACUUCCUGUUUGACGGUGUUUUGACAGGUAUGUUGAUUUAAGGCAGAGUAAGAACAGUUUGGCAUUUAUCGGCCUCAGUUUUUAGCAAGGCUAACAUCUCAAGGAUUAUCUGAGCAGAUCUGUUCACCAGACUUGAAAAUAUGUGCGAAAGAAUGAAAGCGUGACAUUUCCUUCGCCAUGUCUGUGAUCAGAUAUCGUCGUAUGAAUAUGUUCAGGUCUGAACCCUUGUCAUAUCUGGUGAGCUUGAGAAUAAACAAAUUUCUGUUUUCUUUGAGGACUCACCAUAGCCAUUGACAAACAUUUGAUAACUAUUGAUGAUCAGCGUGUCUGAAAAUUACCCCUUCUGUUGGAGUCAAUCAGAUGAAACCCGAGCCAGGAUGACUUUGCUCAAAUAUGAACCCUGGAAGUCACCAAAAACAGGGCUAGUUAUAACAAUUAACUCAAAAGUGCCGACUGCAAGAGGACUUUUUUUUAGGUCUGAAUUUGACAGAUAAUAUUGUGAAGCUCAUACAUCGAUGAAAAUAACCUCUGUAAGGAUAAAAAGAACUUAAUUUAUCCCCCGAAGGAAGUGUUAAUUGUAAAGGUUAGAGAACACUAUGGAGCAAUUAUUUCCAGACCUGCACAAGACCUUUAAAUAUCACAAAUAUGCCCGAUGUGUGUGCAAACCAUAAUGAGUUUUGGGGCAUGUUUAGGCCUCCAAACAAACACUCAAUUUGAUGGAAACAGUAACGUCCUGCUCAGACCCUAAUAAAAUGUUAAAAUAAACCUUAAAACGUACCUUAAAUCCAUAAACAAGGUAAAUAAAUGAGAGACUUAGUAAAAGAAAAAAGCUGAUAAACUGCAACUAUUUCUCUGCAAAAACCUGAUCUUACCUUGACCACUAAUCUUCAUAUGGAUCUUUUCUGUCAUGCUGUCAGACUGUUAAAAGCACAAGUACAGUAGACGUGCAGGUUUACUUUAAAAGAUUGCAGCAUGGCUGAAGCAAUCUAGAGGGAAACUCCAAACAUUUUGUACCUAUUAGUCAUCAAGACCCCAAAAUCUGAUAAACACCGCCUAAGUUUGAAAAGACGGGAAUUGCGCUUUGAUAAGUUCCUCUCACAUACGAAGCUGCAGCGAGUCAGACAGCAGGACUUCUCUACACGGAGAGUUCUGUGAAAUCGCUUUUCUUAUCAGCGACUGACUUUUAGUUCGUAUUCUCUGCAGCAGCUUCGAAAAACACUCACAGCUAAAGUCGAUUUAUUCUCAUCGGCACAAGUCUAAACAUUCGGAGCUUCCAUUGACAUUAAGGAGUAAGAUGGUCUGUUUUUUAAACUCAACCUGUUUUAUUAGUUAACCCCUGUUAAAAACUGGAAUGGAAGCUCCUCUUCACGGGUUUUCAGAGUGCUACUAACAAGCUAAAGUAGUGCCUGUAGUGUUACCACGUUUGUUUUCAACUGGUUUGUCUCUUCUGUUUUUUGGCAUGGGUGCACCUCAGCAUAGCACUUGCUUGUCAAGACAAGGUACACACUCUCCAAAGUUGUCAUUUUAAGCUGUGUUUUCCAUCCGAGCUUAUUGGAAUUCAGACACACACAUUCUUGUGGUAUUGUGGGCGGAGCGAGCGUGGAAAGCUCUACUGGGAUAUGAAGGUGAAAUCAAAGCAGUUGGCCUUGAGGAGCAUGUCGUGAUUUUCAUUUUUUUUUUUUUGUUUCCCAGUUUGGUGUUUACAUGUGGGUUGUUUUGUCUGCACUGUGAAUGUAGGUGUUUGGGAUUAAAGAGGCAUGCUUUGUUUCUGUUUGUACAUUUAAUAUAGAGCUAGAUAUGACUGUAAACACGCAACCACACAGUGAUAAAUGAGUUUAUGCAUUUUAACCUUGACAAGAGAUACCAGAAUGAGACAGUGUUAAAUUAUAACGCUCAAAGGUGUCAUUUUGUCAUGGAAGGAAAUAACAGUUUCUAAGAUAGUUCUCCAGAGGGAAGUAGUUACAAUAUCAGCCAGCCUUAAAGAAAGUGUUAUAUUAAUGCUUCAUGAAUAUACUGUGAAAAAAACAAGCCUGCAUACAACAACACAAACCUCAGCAAAGCACAGACGAGAAAGUUGGAAAUCUCAUGUUUAAAGUUCUUUUAAUUGGGCGUCUGAAAAACUGUCUAACAUUACUCGAAAAAAAUGUUGGGACGCAGUGUUAAAUGUUGAUUAAAAACUUAACAAUAUGAGUCCAGGAAGCCCUUGUUUAAUUGAAAAUAGUGCACUGACAACAUCAAAUUAUUAAAAUGGAUAUUUGAUGGCAGCAACAUAUUCACCACUCUGUGAGAGACUCUGCAUGAGCAAAUAAUUCAACAAUUUCAGAGCACUGUUACAGAGUUUAAAAUGACAAAGAGUUAGUGGAUUUCAUCAUUUACAGUACAUAAUGUUGAAAUAAAUGUAUGAAAAGCAGCACUGCAUUGAAAACAGACGGGGCUUGGUGGUGUAAAUCACUGCAUGGGCUUCAAAAACCUCUGUCUGUAGUGUGAACACAGGUCAUCACUGAUUUCACAAAUAAAAACUAAACCAUGAAUGCUGCGGUCAUCAGAAUCAAACUUUGAUGUUAUUUUUGGAAAUCAUAGAUGCUGCAUCCUCCACUCCAAUGAACAUGUUUCUAUGUUUUUAUCAAUCUUUGACACAACACUCCAGCAUUUUGGGAAUAAAGGUCAUACUUCACGGCCGCUAUGUAAACAUGAAAUUGAAUUACCCAAGUAUCGGCCUAGUAUUUGCCCCAUUGACACAAUUUCCAAUAUAGCUGUUUAUGCCAGUUUCAGAUUGGUGCCUCCCUCAUAUAUUUAUUAGGAAAGUCCAAUAUGUAAUUUAUUAAGUUUGGCUUUUUAAAUAAGAGCAUUAUAUUGGCCAAGUUUUCACAUACUUGAAACCAUCGAUACUCAAAAUGAUGCCUCAUGUUAAGAGCUAAAAAUAAGUCAGUUUCUACGUUUAUGUUUCAUAAACAGUCACUAAGAAAGAAGAAAACCUUUUUCUUUUUUCUUUUUGGAUUUUCAGUGGCAGAAAAAAAGCCAGUUCUUUGAGAAGACAGAGAUCAUCCAGAAACGCCUUUGGGAAUAUUUCUUGUGUAUUACACUUUGUUGAUACCGUGUUGACUUUGGUGCAACAGAGGAGUAGGUUGAAACCGUGUAGAUGAGUAUAGUUUAAGGUGACAGAGGAGUUGUACGUUUUUGUCUCUGUUAUUUGGAAACCAUAGCAUGCUAUAAGUCGUAUUCCUUCCUCAUUUUAUGGUUUGUGUUGUUCUCACUCACUCAUUGUUCUGACUUUUCACACGGGAUGAGCUUCUCCUUCUUCUUCUUUUUUUUUUUUUUUUUCUGUUGCUCCACAUCCUCCGCUCUCAUCGCCUGUUGACCUCUGAUCACAUUACGUUUUUUCCUCUUGCUCAGGUAAACGUAAAGCCCUGAAGCUAAACUUUGCCAACCCACCGAUCAAACCCACAACCAGAUUCACACUGAACACGAGCGGGCCGCCUUUUCAGAACCCCCACAUGUGAGUAAACCCGCGGACUGCUGCCUUCAGUCCUUUUACUAUCUAAAAAAGCUGAAAUUCAACAGGAACCAGCUGAAAAGUAAGAACACUUUCUCAAAUGCUGCUUUUGUGACUGGAGGAGUCACCCCCUCCCUGCAGCUUUGAGACAUUUUCACAUCAGCUACACUUUGCAAACCCUGAACAGAGUCCUAUUCUUGCGUUUCAGUCGAUUUAUAAAGCUCUAAAAGCAACUCAGGGCAUCUGACAAAACUUUCAAGGUAAAAGUUGAGUAUGAUUGUGAGAAACAACAAAAGGAGAGGAAGUUUCUCUUUAGCAAUUUGGUCAGACAUUUUUCCAACUAAAUUCAGAAACAUUUGCACAGAAGGAGAAGUCAAGAUGCAACUGUUUUUGAGACUUAGAUAUUGAAAUCAGCGGUUUUUAGCGGUAAAUCUGGGCACAGCUCCUUCAAGAAGGAAGGGAAGUUAACCUAAACUCUGAAAAUGUUAAUAACGGUGACACAACAAAAUGCUUCACAUCACAAAGGACUCAUUUCUGCGGGAUUUGUGUAAACUACAAAGUAGGCGCAAACUGUCCAGUGACCAAAGGGGAAUUUUUUCCCUCUUUUUUUUUUGCUCCAAACACAAACUCCCUGUGUGUUUUUGUCCUGCAGAGAGAGGCUGAGGACACACAGCAUUGAGUCAUCAGGGAAGUUGAAGAUCUCUCCAGAGCAGCACUGGGACUUCACGGCUGAGGAUCUCAAAGAUCUGGGCGAGAUCGGCCGAGGGGCGUACGGCUCCGUCAACAAGAUGGUGCACAAGCCCAGUAACAAGAUCAUGGCGGUGAAGGUUUGUGAAAACAAUGUCGAAACUAAACACACAUUUUAGGGCUGGUGUUACGACCAGAAAACUCACAGUGAUGAUAUUAUCAGGAUACUGUAAACAUAUACACAAACUGUUUGUUAUAUGAUGUGUUUGUUCCACAGAGGAUUCGGUCCACAGUGGAUGAGAAGGAGCAGAAGCAGCUGCUCAUGGACCUGGAUGUGGUCAUGAGGAGUAGUGACUGUCCGUACAUCGUGCAGUUUUAUGGCGCUCUGUUCAGAGAGGUGAAGCCGGCCUCUGAUUCAUAAAGACAUACUGUACAUUUAAAGAGAGGUUCUUGUAUUUCAGAUUUUAAAGGUUAAAAGUUUUGGGAUUGCUCUUCUAGGUAGAGCUGUCUGUGGUCUAAAAGGUUCAAACUGUAUUUAGUUGUUUGCCUCGAGCUGAUGUCAGCUUUUUUUCCACAGGGUGACUGUUGGAUUUGUAUGGAACUUAUGGCUACCUCGUUAGACAAGUUUUACAAAUUUGUAUAUUGCUCAUUAGACGAGGUGAUUCCAGAGGAGAUAUUAGGGAGAAUAACAUUAGCUGUAAGUUUUUUUUUUACCAUUUUCUCACUUUUCAAAUAUCAAAAAGUCCAAAUUGAAAUAAAAAAGCCAGAUGAUGAACAUUUUUUCUUCUGCUUUCAGACUGUGAAGGCACUUAACCACUUAAAAGAAAACUUGAAAAUAAUACACAGAGGUAAGAGGACACCAGGAACUUUUACUAAUCUGUGUUUAUGCAAGUGUUUUUCUACUAGCUGUUUAUUUAUUCAUUCAUUUUUUACAGACAUAAAGCCAUCAAACAUCCUCCUGGACAGGAACGGAAACAUAAAGCUGUGUGACUUUGGCAUCAGCGGUCAGCUGGUCGACUCCAUCGCCAAAACCAGGGAUGCAGGCUGCAGGCCGUACAUGGCAGUAAGUGAAGCUGAGAAACUGCGCUGUGAUGCUGGAAUGAAUGAAUUUAUCUGUGCUUCCUCAGCAGUCUGGCACAGGCAUGAGUCUUUGAAGAAGAGAUGUGAUUGUUUCUUGAUUCAGAAACGCUCUGGUUAAAUCAGAGGCGUCAGACUCCUUAAGAGACAAAAUGAGUUUAUGUUAAAAUAAUCAGGUAUGAUAACUCAACAAUAAUCUGGUUGAAAUAGUGCUGACGAAUAUGAACUUUUUCAGUUGCAUUUGUUUGACCUUGAAAGGUUCAGCAGAUGUUUGUAAAAAGGUAUUGGAGGUAAGGUGUUUGUAUUUUUAAUUAGCAGCUCAAACAUUUGUUUUUUUUUUCAUAAACCCCCAUUACAGCUUUACUCAGCUUUUGCCUGAAAUGCUUUGUUUUGGCUGCUUUACAACUUUUUUUUGGCUGUUGGGGUGUUGCUUUUUACACAGCCCUGAAGUUAUGGCAGGACCUUAACAAUUCAUUUUGGCUGCUUUUUUUACUGAUAGAAAGUUAGACACAGCUUGGGGUGCUACUUUUUACACAGCGCUGUAGGGAUGCACUGCAAAAAUUCAAGUCUUACCAGGUGCUUUUAACUUAUUCCACUAAAAAAUGUUUAGCUAGGCUCAAUUUCAGCCUUACAAAUCCAGACAAUGUUUUUUUUUGGUUUAAGUUGCCAAAAGUCAGACCUUCAAUGGUUGUAAUGAGGAAAAAUAUGCAAGGGGAGACCUCGGCAAGACCUUUUCAUAGGACUCUUUCUCAUUUCAAGAAACUGGAUAAGUCAUUUUUUUCUAGUUCGAUUUGCAGAUAUUUUUGUUUCAGACAUUUUGGUUCUUAUUUUUGGUGUGUAAAACCUUGAAAUAAGACAUUUUCAGAACUUGUCUGGGUAUUUCAUUAUUAUAUUAUUAUCAAAUCUUAUUGUGCUUUGAGAUUUCGUUUUUUUUACAGUUGAAAUUAACCAAAAUAAUCUCUAAUACUACAUAUAUCUACACUACAGAAAGCAUCUUGGUGCAUAGGCUUCUCAAUACAUGUUGGCCAUUAGUCUGUUAUCUCCUGUUGUAAUGUUUCCAUCUUGUAAAGGCCUUUACAGAUGAACUCUAAAGAAGCUGCUGCUUCACCAAUACAAGCAUGAGAAAGAUGCCUGUCAGCAUUAAUCACCCCUCUGCAUGCUCUGUCUGAGCGAGCAUAAGCCACUCAGUAGAAAUGAAACUGCUGAGUUUGAUGAAUAAAAAAAUAAUUAUCUAAAAAUAGUUCUUAUUUUCAAACUUUUAAGAUGUUCUAUUUUCAUUUAAUAUUAUGAUUCAUAAUGUCAUGAAGAAAUGUGAGCAGGCCAAUAGCCUGAAGUGUCAAUAAUGCGAUCGUGACGACAUGGAAAAGUUCUUCAACUUACCACAGUCGGUACUUCACUUUGCAAAGACCUGCACCCUCUUAAUGUCAUGGAGAAUGAAGGCCUUGGUAAUAUGAUAAAAAGACCAGAGCCCUGAUACACCAUACCUCUCUGACAACACAUCACUGACAUUGAUUUGCCCGAGCUGAGCACAUAAGUUAUAGAGAAGGUGCGGUGCUCUCAGCACAGUAGAAUAACCCACUUUAACAUAAAGUUAGUAGAACCUAUGCAGUACAAAUUUAAAUCUGUUCUAUUAUUCAUGAAACACUGUGUAUUCAGUAUACUUCUAUAUCUCACCAACAUAUCAUAUUACCACUCAUUUAUCAGUAUGUGUAUCUGUCAUAGCUCGAUUCUAGCCAAUGUAUCGCCUUGAUGAUAUGAAAUCUGGGCAUUCAAUUAAAAGACCAAUACAAGUCCUUAUAGUCCUUUAAUACGCCUCACAAGUUAAUAAGGUGCAGUGUGUUUGAUGAGCUGUUGCCAUGUGGGUGUGGGCGUGUGUGUAAGUAGCAUAAUUGAAGAGCUUUGAAUCACUGUCGGUUCAGAGGGCUGAUCUCACCUCGCCGUCAUCACUUGGGUUAUUUUCUGUUUGGGGGUUACGUCAACGGGUGGAGGGGUUACUCCUCCUCCUCCUCCCCCCUCCUCAUCCCGUCGUCUCCACACGGCAGUUUCCAUUCUAAAUUUGGUGAAGCACUAUCACCGCCACACACACACAUGCACACGCACACACAGGCUGCUUCAUUCAUGACACCGUGUUUGUGGGCGGAGUCGCGGCAUGGAGCUGAGCUCACUCUGCAGGAAUCUCAGCUCCACUAUUUGACUCUGCAGGUGUUCGAUCCCCGCAGCGCUGAUUCAGACGGCUAAAUGACGAACGAAUCUGACCUCAGAGCAGCUGGAGCCUGACUGUAUGCUGCUGCAGCAGUUUAUACAGCAUGUGUUUUACCUGAGGCAGUGUGCAGGUGUUGGAUGAAGGCUGAAAUCAGACUUUACAGAAACAGAAGAGCCAACUCAACACUUGUUUUGGUCGCUGUUUCAACAGAAGUUAUUGUACUUUUUGAUGCUUUACUUUUCAUGGUUUCUGUAUUGGUUGUUUGAUACAGUCAGUAACAUGUUCCUCAUUACUGUGUUCACCUCUUUGAAACUUCAAAUCAAAUAAAUAAAUGCUGUCAUUCUGCAGUUAUAUUAAAUGUACAUACCAAGAAAGCAGUAAGAUAAAAAGAAAAUCCACAAAUUAGGGAUGGGUUAUAUGGGGAAAAAUUUAUCACGACAUAUUUUUUUCAUGUCAGUCGAUAUUGAUAUGUAUCACUAUAUAAAAAAUGAAAUUUAACAGUGCUUAUUGGUAGCAUGUCUUUUGAAAUACACUAAGCUACUGCACCUGUGAGGUCUGUGUGUCUCUUCGACAUUUUGUUGUCAGGCGUUCUGUAGAGAAAGCGGACUGAAUGGUAGGCUGUUUUCGGUGUUAAAGUGCUAUGGUUGCGUGUAGCUGCAGCCUGCUACUACACAGUUGUUUGCUACUUGGUUCUAAUUCAGCACAUGAUUGCUUCAGCAUGAAGUGGACCCUGAGAAACUCCCCUUUUCAUUGGCUAUUUGUAUAGUCUAAAAAAACAUGGCAGAAUGCUAACUAUUGAAAAGCAUAUUGACCAUGUUUAAUAUUGAUAUUGAGGGAGAUAAAUUCUUGAUAUAUAUUGUUAUCAUUUUAUCUCCCAGUCCUACCACAAAUAAAUGAUAAAUGCAGAAAUAGGGCCAUCAUUGGGCUCUUGUUUGUUUGGUACAGGUUUAUUUUAAUGUUUCCAAAGCAAAUAUCUUACAAUUGGCUAAAACGUGGGGUUCAUAGGCCUUCAUGAUUAAAUUCAUCGAAUUUCACAGAUAUGAACCACUGCUAUCAGUGAAAAUAUAUGUAUUUGCAGAUUGGUUUAAUAUUCAAUCAUUUCAAUAAAUAAAACACAACAGUCAACAUGUUGAGUAUCACCUGAUUCAGAUACAGUUCUGAUGAUGCCGUUCUCUUCCAGAUUUCUGACAUUUACUCUCAAUAUCGAUAAACCAAUAACUAAAGCACUGGUGCAUUUAUUCCUCUCUGCUGCAGUUGAUAUUUGAAAAUGAUGAUUCCUGUGCGCUCUGCAAUGAAGCUGAAAGAGUCUGAGUGCGAGGAAAAUCUGCAGACUUGUUGUUGUAAAGCGAUCAGAGUCCUAUGAGACAAAGAGUAGGGAUUACAGUCCUCAUAAGUGAGGGAGGUAGAGAGUGCUGCAGGUGGAAACAUGCCCACAGGUGAUGAGUCUGUCUGGUAUUCUCACUGGGUUUGUUUUGUCCUGGUUUGGGCCUCAACACCUGUUUCUGUCUUCUAUUAAAACAUGAAGAUUAUCCCUGACGUACGCUUACGAAAUCUUACAUCAUGGAACCCCAGGUUACACUCUGACAAGGAGGUUUAUAGCACACUAGACAUGUUUAUGUUUUCUACCUGUGUGCACCUCAAGAAUCAGGAGGUUUUUUUUCUCCCUUGAUGCUUAGAGAAGAUUUGAAGCACAACACUGUGCUGUAUUGUACUAGAAGCAUCUGGGCCCUCUUGUUUAAAAAUAGUCUAAUCGGAUUAAGGCCAUCAGAUUGGAUCCAGUCUUGAAACUGAGAUUUUGAAAAGGAGGAAGGAUUCUGAAUUUCCAUUACAUUGAGUGAUAUAGUUUUGUUUCUAAGGGGAUCGGAUCAAUUUUCAUUUGAACCCAAAUGAAAACAUGACUUGUCUCUCACAGAAAUUUCUGAGUUUCUGCAAUUUUAACACCCAAGUAAUCAAGAAGGGAAAUAAUUAGUUGCAGCCUUAGUUGUUAUGUUUACAUGCAUCAGUGAGUUAGAUCUUGCUAUAUUCUUAUUCAGCUCAGAGGUCCUCAAGUGUUGCCAUUGGAAACUCACAGUCAUGUAGCAUAUAUUUGUCCUCUGGGGUACCUCUGGGGUCAAUCCUGGGACCACUGCUUUUUUCCAUUUAUAGGUGAUCCGUGGGCACAACUUUAUUGUUACACCAAUGACUCCCAGCUUCACCUCUCUUUUACUGCUAACAUUCAGUUAUGAUCAUAGGAACAGACAUUGCUCAUGUCUCCAUCCACCAUUCUGCUUUUUUUUCUGUACAUACUGAGACUGCUUGAAUUUUAAUUUCCCAAAGUUAUCAAUCAAGUUUUGUCAAAUCUAUGUAACCCAAUCAAAUGUAAUGAUACAUUUGUUUUGUUUUUCGUCAAAUUUUCAAACAUUUUGCUCUUUCUAACGCCAAAUUAAAAUCUCCUUCCUGUUUGAUUUUUUAGCCAGAGCGAAUAGACCCCAGCGCUUCCCGACAAGGCUACGACGUCCGCUCAGAUGUUUGGAGUUUGGGAAUCACACUGGUGAGUCUGAGCUGAAAAACUGACAUUUACAAUAUUUUACCGUCUUUGCAAAUGAAACUUUUAGGUAAUAUUAGAGUGUCAAGUUUUAAUUGUUCAGUUGAAUCCUGUGCUUCUAGAGUUGGUGGUAAUUUGCACCCGUACAUAAUUUUAUUGUUUUCUUCUUUUUUAAUUCAGUAUGAGCUGGCCACAGGACGGUUUCCUUACCCAAAAUGGAACAGCGUGUUCGACCAGCUGACCCAGGUGGUGAGAGGAGACCCUCCACAGCUCAGCAACUCGGAGGAGAGACGCUUCUCCCCUAAAUUCAUCUCCUUUGUCAACCUGUGGUAAGUGAGCACUGAGGUUUAAAAAAUGCUGUUAAAGUUUAGGGAAAGUGGAAGUCAUUUCUUCAACAAAAUCAGGAUAGGUAAAGAUUAAUAUGACAAAAAAGUGAUGGGGGCAUUUGUACAUAUGUGUGAAUUAAAUACAACCAUGAUUUCAUCAGAUUUGUAACACUUUGCAAGAAAAGAAAUGUAGAUGUUUUGCAAAUGGUUCUAUAAUUUCUGGAAUGAAAAACUUCAAGUCAUAAAAAAAGGGAUGUAUUUGAUUUUUAUUUGUCUAAUGGUUAAAGAGAACUUAGACGACUGUGAGGUUUUCAGAUCGAUGGAGUACAGGCUUCAGCUGAUGUGUGCUCUUUUAACCGCACCCUCUUCCAUUUUAACACUUUUUAUUUUUCCUCAUCUUUUUAGCCUUACAAAGGAUGAAUCAAAGAGGCCAAAGUACAAAGAGCUGCUGGUGAGUUCAGAUUAACUACUCUUUAGACUGCUAUAUACACCCAAAUCAAGACUUUAUGCAUAUUAAAGGGGGAUUCUGCUCUUUUCUUAUUGCUGGUUAUGAUUUUUCAUAAAGUAUGCUGAAGCCAAUUCUUUUUUUUUUUGUUUGUUUCUUUGUUUUACUCAGAUGCAUGCUUUAAUUUCUUUGAAUUUCCUUGUGCAUUUCCUUCUCCAACUGCAGAAAGACCCGUUCAUCCAGAUGUACGAGGAGCGCUCGGUCGAUGUAGCCGGUUACGUCUGCAGGGUCCUCGAUCAGAUGCCGGCGUCUCCAAGUUCCCCCAUGUACAUGGACUGAAGCUGGAUGGGACAGUGAAUAAAUCAACAAUAAACACCAAUAAAUAAAUAAAAUACACCAGUCUGCAAUAAUAAAGACACAAAAGAAAAAGACAAAGACAAGAAACAAAACAAAGAUCCUUGUGUAAAUUAGCUUGGUCCCCUUAUUGCAGUGUUAAAAGAGAAUUGUAAAGCUUAAUAUUCAAACACCAUUCACAGUAAAAGUGGUGUUUAUUUGAGUAAUGUCUGUAUAAUAUAUGAACACUUCUGUUUCUCUCUUGUUCACACACAAACCCACAAUCAUGUCAGUAUAAUAGCAGCUCAGUAAAUCAAACAAUCAUGAACACAUCUCAGUGCUUAGUACAGUGAUUUUAAGAAAAUAAAAGCCUGGAACUUUGUUUUUCUAGAACCAAAAUCGUGGAGUAUUUUAAUGUGGAGAUCCUGCCACAUACUGGAAUCAUGCUCUUUGUGAAUCGUCCCACCUCCUCCAUGUACGUCAAUGAAAAGCAUCGUGUUUGCUCUCUUAAUGGAACUUUGCUUUACUGGGUAUGAAGCUGUUUUUAAGUGUGGGUGGUCAGAAUUGUGUUAGACCUGCAGACAGUCAGCGCUGAGCAGCUGCUGUUCUUGCUCUGCAGGAAACUUAAUGCUGAUAUAUAAAUAAAGAAAGAGUAAGACUGUCUUCUGUUGUCUUUUUUUU